CCCUCUCUCUCUCUCUCUCUCUCUCUCUGUUAUUUCACAAACACCUUCCGCUCGCUUUCAAAAUCUCCACACAUCGCAUAAACCCUAGUCCCCCUUUUUCCCCCGCAAAACCCUGAAGACCGCGAGAGCUUCAUCGCCCAUCAAUGGAGUGGAACUCCGAAACCCUACAGCACCUCUCUCAGUGCUUUCUCCACACUCUCUCUCCGUCCCCCGAACCUCGCCGCCGCGCCGAGGCUUCACUCUCCGAGGCAUCCCUCCACCCCAAUUACGGCCUCGCCGUCCUCCGCCUCGUUGCCGAGCCCACCGUCGAUGACCAAAUCCGGCAGGCCGCUUCCGUCAACUUCAAAAACCAUCUCAAGGCGCGAUGGGCUCCUAACUCUUCUUCCGACGAGACCCCCAUCCCCGACGCUGAGAAGGAGCAGAUCAAGGGACUCAUCGUCUCCCUCAUGCUCUCUGCGACCCCCAAAAUUCAGGGGCAGCUCAGCGAAGCCCUAGUUCUCAUUGGCAAGCACGAUUUCCCUAAGCUGUGGCCCGCUUUGCUUCCCGAGCUUAUCUCCAGCCUCCGGACGGCUUCACUCGCUGGAGACUACGCCUCCAUUAACGGUAUUCUCGGCACUGCCAACUCGAUUUUUAAGAAAUUUCGUUAUCAGUACAAGACCAAUGAUCUUUUGCUUGAUUUGAAAUACUGUUUGGACAAUUUCGCCGCACCUCUUUUGGAAAUUUUCAUAAAAACCUCGAAUUUGAUAGAGUCUGCUGCUAAUUCCGGUGGGCCUGCUGUGCUUAAGCCGCUCUUUGAGUCACAGAGAUUGUGCUGUAGGAUUUUCUACUCAUUGAAUUUUCAAGAGUUGCCUGAGUUUUUUGAGGACCAUAUGAAUGAGUGGAUGACUGAGAUGAAAAAGUAUUUAACCACUAGUUAUCCAGUACUGGAGAGCAGCGCUGAUGGUCUUGCACUGGUUGAUGCGUUGCGUGCAGCUGUUUGUGAGAAUAUUAACCUUUAUAUGGAAAAGAAUGAGGAAGAGUUUCAGACGUACUUGAAUGAUUUUGCGCUUGCUGUGUGGCAUUUAUUGGGGAAUGUGUCUCAGGUGUCAAGCCGUGAUCAGUUAGCUGUUACAGCUAUUAAGUUCUUGACAACAGUUAGCACAAGUGUGCAUCAUAAUCUUUUUUCUGCAGAGGGUGUGAUACCACAGAUUUGUCAGGGCAUUGUGAUCCCUAAUGUGAGAUUAAGGGAGGAGGAUGAAGAACUAUUUGACAUGAACUAUAUUGAGUUCAUCAGGAGGGAUAUGGAAGGUAGUGAUCUCGAUACUAGGAGGAGGAUUGCGUGUGAGCUUCUUAAAGGGAUUGCUAGCAAUUAUAAACAACAGGUUACUAAUUUGGUUUCUCUACAGAUACAGAAUUUGCUAAGCUCUUUUGCUACAAACCCAGUUGCGAAUUGGAAGGAUAAGGACUGUGCUAUAUACUUGGUCGUAUCACUUGCUAUUAAGAAGGCUGGUGGUACUUCUGUUACAACUGAUCUUGUUGACGUUCAGAACUUCUUUGGGACGGUAAUUGUUCAAUUGCAGAGUCAGGAUGUCAAUGGGUUUCCAAUGCUCAAGGCCGGUGCACUAAAAUUUUUCACUAUGUUCAGGAAUCAUAUACCAAAGCCUAUAGCAUUGCAAUUUUUUCCGGAUUUGAUUCGGUUCCUUCGUGCAGAGUCAAAUGUUGUUCACUCUUAUGCUGCAAGUUGUAUUGAGAAACUUUUGAUGGUGAAGGACGAGGGUGGAAGAGCAAUAUAUACUUCAGCAGAUAUAUCUCCUGUUCUGCCACAACUGAUGAACAACCUCUUUGAGGCCUUGAAGGUUCCAGAAUCUGAGGAAAACCAAUAUGUAAUGAAGUGUAUUAUGCGAGUUCUAGGAGUUGCAGACGUAUCACAUGAGAUUGCUGAUCCUUGCAUUAAAGGGUUAACAUUAAUACUCAACAAAGCUUGUGAAAACCCCAAGAAUCCAGUAUUUAACCACUAUCUUUUCGAGUCAGUGGCUGUUCUUGUAAAGCGUGCAUGUGGGAAGAAUGCCUCUCUAAUAUCACUUUUUGAGACAAGCCUAUUUCCCAGUCUCCAGAAGAUAUUGGUCGAAGAUGUGACCGAGUUCUUUCCUUAUGCAUUUCAGUUGCUCGCUCAACUAGUUGAGCUGAAUAACCCACCUAUUUCACCGUCUUACAUGCAUAUUUUUGAGAUACUUUUGUCCCCUGAUUUAUGGAAAAAGGCUUCUAAUGUUCCAGCUCUUGUGCGUUUGCUUCAAGCAUUCCUUCAUAAGGCACCCCAUGAGCUCAACCAAGGGGGGAGGUUGCAGCAGGUGCUUGUGAUAUUUAAUAAACUCGUCUCCACUCGUAGCACAGAUGAACAGGGUUUCUAUGUACUAAAUACUAUUAUUGAGAGCCUUGAAUAUAAUGUAAUUGCACCUUAUAUUGGUGGCAUUUGGAGUGCCCUUUUCACGGUGCUCCAAACCAGGCAAACAGGAAAGUUUAUCAAGUCUCUCUUGAUUUUUAUGUCACUCUUUCUGGUCAAACACGGCUCUCAAAACCUUGCAGAUACAAUGAAUGCUGUUCAGGGAAACAUAUUUCAGGUCAUCUUGGUGCAGUUUUGGAUUUCCAAUCUUAAGCUAAUUACAGGAGUCAUUGAGACUAAGUUGACUGCUGUUGCAUCAACCAGACUUCUAUGUGAAUCUCCAGCCCUUCUGGAUGCUGCAGCUGUUGAGCACUGGGGGAAGAUGCUGGACAGCAUUAUGACCCUUCUUUCACGCCCUGAACAGGACAGGGUUGAAGAGGAUCCAGAAAUGCCUGAUAUUGCUGAAAAUGCAGGUUACUCUGCCACCUUUGUUCGUCUUCACAAUGCUGGGAAGAGAGAGGACGACCCACUGAAAGAUAUCAGGGAUCCGAAAGAAUUUUUGGUAAAUUCAUUGGCUAGGCUUGCUGCACUUUCCCCAGGCAGAUACCCUCAAAUCUUCAGUCAGUAUCUUGACCCAACCAAUCAGGCAGAACUACAUCGUCUCUGCGAAGUUUAUAAAUGCCCGAUUGCUUAAGAUUUUUACAUGGCAAUGAAGGUGCGGGCUUUUCAUUUGAAGUUUCAACGAGUCUUGGUCAGCAUGCAUAUUGAGCAACCUAUAGUGCCGUGCAGUCUACAGGUUUUGAUGAUUGUCAUCUUCAUCUCUGCAGCAUUUGAAAUUUUUCUGCAGAAAUGAUGUGGGAUAUUUGGUUACACUUGUCCUGAGUCGGCUACCAUACACGGCGAGCACCCAGUAGUUAACUGGAUUUUAGUGUUGCAGUCCUAUGUCAAGUCAUCAUGAAUGCGUCUUCGUAGCAUCCUGUCCUGUGUCAGCAUGCAUUCGUCUAAUUAUGGUACAUCUGUAUUGUUGUCAUGUAAGUCUGUUUUUGUUGAAUAUUACUGUUGCAUAUGUAUGCAUAUUGUUGCACCAUUGUCUUUUCCAAAAGAAAAAGCAGAGGAAUUAUUGCGUCAGUCGUUAUUGCAGUUUGUCAAAUCCCUUGUUGGUUAAGUGAAUUAAGGUAUUAGAAUUUCCCCUAUGAAGCCUUUAAGGCAGUGGGAGGGGAAAACGGAAGUUUUAAGGUCGGAGGAAGAAGAUGAAGCAUUUUUUUCGGGUUUUUUGGUGUCGAAGUCAGAAGAAGAAACGGAAGGUUUAAUGGACGCAUUCUUGCAGCACUUGUGCAAUAUACUUUUUAUUAAUAUAUCGAGAGCACACAAAAGAUUGUGCAACAUGUUUGUUCUGA